UCUCUCUCUCUCUCUUUCUCUCUGUCUUCUCUAUGGCAAUUAGAAGCUGCAAUAACGCAACAGAAAGUGAGCUCAGAAGAGGGCCAUGGACCAUUGAAGAAGACACACUUCUCACUCACUACAUUGCUUGCCAUGGGGAAGGCCAUUGGAACAACUUAGCCAAAUAUGCAGGCCUCAAGAGAACAGGAAAAAGCUGCAGAUUGAGAUGGCUCAACUACUUGAAACCAGACAUCAAGCGUGGGAAUCUCACCCCUCAAGAACAGCUCGUCAUCCUUGAGCUCCAUUCCAAGUGGGGCAACAGAUGGUCGAAAAUUUCUCAGCAGUUGCCUGGAAGAACAGACAAUGAGAUAAAGAAUUAUUGGAGAACAAGGGUCCAAAAACAGGCAAAACAGCUAAACAUAGAAUCGAACAGCCAAAAAUUCUUUGAGACGGUUCGCCAUUUGUGGAUUCCGAGGUUGCUUCACAAAAUGGACCAAACAUCAUCAUCAUCAUCUUCUUCUUCUUCUUCUUCCUCGCAGAGCUUCUUCUCGGCACCUGUUUUCCAGAAUUACCCUUCUUCUUCUUCCUCAGAGCCCGCCAUUAAUGAAGCUGCUGUUUCUGAAACUGCUUCUACUUCAGAUCAUGGGUUUGGGAAUUCUGACGUCCACACGUGGCAGCCACCGAGUGGUCACUUUCAGCUGGACCCACUUUCUGUGCUGGGUGCAGAAUUUGAUGCCCCUGUGGCACCACCUGAUUGGUUUCUCCAGGAUGACGUGGCAGAGAGCUUCUGGAAUCUAGAAUGUUUGUUGUGAUAUUUUAGUUGAUGUUAUUUGGAAUGAAUCAACAAAUUAGGAGUUUUCUUGUAAGUGGGGGGAUUUUAGUGAAAUAUAUUAGAUUCUCGAACUCAUUAUUAAAAAAAAAUAAUAAUAAUACACCCGCGUUGUGUUUCAAAAACAAAAAAAGAAAUUAAAGUAAAGUGUCAAUUCUGU